UAGAAUAAGUUUGUAAGACGCGUCCCGGUGGCUAAAAUAAUACGAUUUAUUUGAUUUCAUACAAAAUUUACAAUUAUAUACUAGUAAGUAACAGUUUGAUAACCUAAAAUGGAUCUAAAGUAUUAAAUAUGACAGUAAUAGUUACAAUAUCGGUGUUGUUUUAUCAUUAUUAGCUUUUGUGAGGACUGUUAUUGAUUUUAUUUCAGUAUUUUGGUUCCGCAGAAUUGGGAUUUAUAUAGAGAAGAUGUUGAAGUAUUCGGGCAGCGGUUACUACAGCUGUUUGGCAGUAAUCCUUGUGGUUAUUGGUUGGUCGGCUACUGUGGAAGCCAUAGACUGCUUUAAGUGUGUGUCUAUGAACGGUCGGUUCCCGGCGUGUGAUGACCCCUUCCACAACAAUCACAGCCUGCAAAUGUUGGAGUCUCCUUGUAUGGGAGGCAGAAAAGGCAGGGAUGGUCUGUUCCCUGCCACUUCUUGCAUUAAAAUUGCCGGUGUUUUUGAUGACACAGGAGAGACCAUAACAGUUCGAGGCUGUGGUCUGGACUCCGGUACAGCGACCACAGACACGGAGAUCAUCAGGAUGUCGCACUGUGGGAGAUUCUACUACGACGAGAGAUAUGUUCACGGUUGUCUUCAAAGCUGCAACGAUGCUGAUGCUUGUAAUAAUUCCCAUAAACUACAACAUAAUAUCCCAGUCUUACUAUUAACCAUCGCAUUCAUAUUAUACACCAGCUAACAAAUAUAACAAAGCAUAUAAUGUACAAUAUAUCUUAAUAUAUAAAUCGCUAUGUAGUUUAUACAUGUUUAAAUAUGUUUAAUUUAAGUUGAAUAAUAAAUUUAAGCUGCGACCCGACUACGGAAAAUAGUUUAAUAAAAAAACGAUAUCAUGUCAUUUUGACAGACGCCAGGAUGACAGCUGUCAUUGUGCGGUUGAGUGCGUGGCUUUUGAUCUGAGGGCUUAGUAGCAGAGUUGGGCAAAUUGUAAUCAGAUUAAUGAUUAAGGAUUACGAUUACAUUUUGUAAUCAUCAAUCAAGAUUACAGAUUACGGAAAUUAAUCAAGAAAGUAAUCAUAUGCUAACAAAUAUAACAAAGCAUAUAAUGUACAAUAGAUCUUAAUAUAUAAAUCGCUAUGUAGUUUAUACAUAAUUAUGUAUGUUUAAUUUAAGUUGAAUAAUAAAUUUAAACUGCGACCCGACUACGGAAAAUAGUUAAAUAAAGAAAAAAACUAUGUCAUGUAAUUUUGACAGAUGUCAGAAUGACAGCUAUCAUUGUGCGGUUGAGUGCGUGGUUUUUGAUCUGAGGGCUUAGUACGAGUUCCGUUUACGUUUAAUGGUAAUCGUAACGUUCGGCGUUGUGAUUGGUCGGCUCCAAUGAACAACAACAGGUUCAACAAAACAGGGCGCCGGACGCCGUCUCGUUUUGAUUACCCUUAACGAAAAAGAAACUCGUACUAAGGCUUCUGAGGGCUUAGUACGAAUUUGUUUUACGUUACAUGAUUGAAACGUUACCGCGUUCAAUUUAAGUAUACAUUAGUAUAUAGGCUAACCAAUCAGAGGGUUAAACGCGGUAACAUUUCAGUCUCGUUGAAUGUAAAAAAGGACUCCUGCUAGGCCCUUUGGAGAUUUAUGUGUGUCUAAUUAAGUUGCACAAAUUUAAUUUUAGUGAUAUCUAUAUUAUUUCUAAAAAUAUAAGCAAUGGGUAAGCAAAAACUUAUGCAGGUCAUAACAAUAACUUUUUAUUUAUUUUGGUUUUGCAAGAAACUAAAGAUCUUGAAGUAACUUCUGUUAGAUUUUAAGUACCAACCUAUGAAGUGCAAUAAUAUACUUAUAAACCACUUAAUCCUCUUUUUGUGGGCGUAGUCGGGUAAAGUUAUAUUUUAUGCAAUAAUUUUGACACGCCUCGUAUCCACUAAGCUACUAUUGACGCGCAACACGUUAGACAACGUUGCGCAACAUCGCGCGUAACUUGAUGUUUGUUUCGGUGCGAAAUGCAUGGACAUCAAAUGUUCAUAAGUAAAGACAUAUAAAAAUGGUUCCUCUGGUGACCUAUUGCCGAUGAAGUUGGCGAGACAACGUUUCUAAACAAAACUUCCGCAAUACCUUCAAACAAGUUGAGCAACAUGUGUUGCAACAUGUAGCGCGACAAAUGUUGCUUAUCAGAUACGAGGUUUUACGGUAACAGGCGAUUUAGAGGUACCUUAUUGCCUAUAUGUUUUCUUAAUGAAGUUAGUUCAUCAUGAGCUAACGUUGAUAUGUAAACAGUAGCUCAUGUGGUGUAAACCGUCUAGUCAAGCUAAUCAACAAAAUAGUUGCUUUCAACUAUCGCGCGACUAUGUACCUAUUAUAAUAUGUACAUUUUUAAUUUUGUAGUAUUUCAUUUAUUGUGUUGUUAUUUAGUAUGCAGGUAGGAAAAUAAAGAUUGUUUCAGUACGACAGUAGCCAUCGGUUGUCUAGAGCCGACCAAUGGUUACAAAAGAUAUGGCUUCGUUACAAAGCGAACAAUUUAGUAUAACAAUAGCUACUGUCUCUGUACUGAAUCUAUCUUAAUUCCUUACCUGCAUACUGGAUGACUUGGCUGACUGUUUAAUAUAUUUGCAUAUCACUGUUUUCAUCUCAUCACGAAUCUAUGUAUUGCAAAUAUUUUCAGAAAUUGACACAAAUACUUAGAAUAGACACGAAGUUAUCAAAUUCUGAAAAUUUAUUGUCGGCUUACUCACGUAAUUAUUUGACGAGGAACUCGACUGGUUUCAAGCUAUGUUAGAAGAAUUCCUUGUCAAAUA